GUGCCGCCGCUGGACGGGAUUCUAAGAUGAAGUUAUGGGAUGUCGUGGCUGUCUGCCUGGUGUUGCUCCACACCGCGUCCGCCUUCCCGCUGCCCGCCGGUAAGAGGCUUCCCGAGGCGCCCACCGAAGACCGCUCCCUUGGCCACCGCCGCGCGCCCUUCGCUGCGCUGACCAGUGACUCCAAUAUGCCUGGAGAUUAUCCUGACCAGUUUGAUGACGUCAUGGAUUUUAUUCAAGCCACCAUUAAAAGACUGAAGAGGUCACCAGAUAAGCAAGUGGCAGCGCUUCCUCGAAGGGAGCGGAACCGGCAGGCCGCAGCUGCCAGCCCAGAGAAUUCCAGAGGGAAGGGCCGCAGAGGCCAGAGGGGCAAAAAUCGGGGGUGUGUCUUAACUGCAAUACACUUAAAUGUCACCGACUUAGGUUUAGGCUACGAAACCAAGGAGGAACUGAUCUUCCGGUAUUGCAGCGGCUCCUGUGAUGCGGCCGAGACAACGUAUGACAAAAUAAUAAAAAACCUGUCUCGAAGUAGAAGACUAGUGAGUGACAAAGUAGGCCAGGCCUGUUGCCGGCCGGUCGCGUUCGACGACGACCUGUCGUUCUUAGACGAUAACCUGGUUUACCAUAUUCUAAGAAAGCAUUCCGCUAAACGGUGUGGCUGCAUCUGACUCCGGCUCCAGAGACUGCUGUGUAUUGCAUUCCUGCUACAAGUGCACGGAAAGGGACCAAGGUUCCCAGGAAAUGUUUGCCCAGAACGGAAGAUGAGGACCAAGGAGGCGGAGGCGGAGAAGGAAGAAGAGGGAGAGGAGGAAGAGGCGGAAGAAGGCAUCCAUCGUGGGAGCCUGGUAGAAGAAGGCCCAGCUACAGAAAACUGGAUAGGAGUGAGAACAGCCGUCUGAGCACUCCAGGAUGGCAGGUGACGUCACCAGAAGCUCAGGGCUGGUGUCCCUGCUUAGCUGUUGCCAGCGUUUAUCUGAUACAGGCCAUGGUCACCGAUCGCGGUCCGAGUCGCGGAUGCAUGCGAAGAACCAAGCCAGCCAGCGUAUCUCCUGUGGUUCGUUAUCACGUGUCUGAAGACACCCGGGGGGGGAAAUGUGAUGAUUCUGGUGUCACCUCUUGUCACUACGUUUUACUGAUGAAAAUAAGAAAGCUGUAUUUUCCUGUCACUCAACGGAUUCACACCCUGGAAAGGAGAGGGGAAGGGGGACGGAAGCAGAGGCGCAGAGAGAUCAUACCCUUUGAAAACUGAGGCCUGAGGCUUACUACAUCCAGCGUCGGGGGGCGGGAGGGAUGCUUGGUGGUUGGUUUUGAACACAGUGUAUGGAGUAAGGGAGAAGUUAGCUAGGGACCCAAAAGGCUGUCCUCUUGCUUAAAAACAAACCAGAAGGCAUUUCCUUGAUGUCCUCGGACACAGGAAGCAAGUUGUGGUUAUCGGCAGCAUUCUCCUAGGAGAGCUAGUGCGGAAGGCCCCCCGGCUGCCCCCAGCCAGGGAGACCUCGGGGCUUGUCGGUUUACAGGGACUGACGUUGCAUACACAGCUCUGUUUAUGCGUGGUCACCAGUGACCAGAGAAGCUACUCGAUGCAAUGCAUCUGUUUCAAAUACAGAGAUAUAGAGAAGAUAUUUAUUGAGAUUUAAGUUAUUGUUAUUUAUUACCAUUCACUAAUGAAUUUCUCUCUUCUUCCCUUAUUUAUUAAAGUCUCUUUUCAAAGGUGCCAAAGUAUAUGUGCUCACAAAAUACAAAAAAAAAAAAAGUGACAAAAGGAAAUACUAAUUGGGAACAAGGGUCCAUGCUCUUCAAAGUAUUAAAAGGGUUUUCGCUAGGCAAAAAUCACUUACUUUACCUUUAUAAGACAAUCCUUCACUAACUGCCCCAGAUUUCCCCCUCUUUUUGCGGACAGGGUCUCCUGUGGCCUAGGUUGACCUUGAACUUACUCCUUGGUCAAGGGUGAGCUUGGCUUUCUGAUCCUCUGACUUCCUGUGGUGUUGGAAUCUCAGACACCACACCAUAGCUCCAUGAGGGAUGGAAUUCAGGGC